UAUCUCACUGGGUUUGCUAUUAGAGCUCAUUGACAGAGGAGAGAGUCCUGUUCUUCACAGAAUUGAAGCAAAUCAUUGCAUUUCUUUUAUGAGCUUUCCUAUCCCAUCAGAUCAGACCUAUCCAAGACUUGGGUUGCGUAAGAGGUGAAUCCAUAUGGACUCAGCUCCAACAGCUCUCUUGGUUGGCAAAAUUAUGGACAUUCUCGAGAACGAAGCAUACUCCAUAGCCGCUAUCCGUGAUGAAGUUGAUGAGAUUAAGCAGGAGCUGGUAAGCAUGACAUCCUUCCUAGAGGAUGUUGAGGGCCAGAAAACACAGACAGAAACACAGAAAGCUUGGGUCACAAGUGUCAGAGACUUAACCAGUGAUGUUGAAGAUAUCAUCGAUGAAUUCAUGUAUCAUACGUAUGAGCAGCAAAGUAGGGGACGAUUUGCAAGGUGGCUCCACAGGACCAUCCAUAUUCCAAAGAAUCUCUUCUAUCGGCGUAAAAUUGCCAACAAGUUACACAAAAUCACUAAAAUGAUCAAGGCCAUUCCAGAGAGAAAUAAGAGAUAUGCUCUUGAUGAUGUAGUAGGAACAAGUUGGGAUGAUAUUAGCAAAUGGGUCAAGAACCAAGCAGUGUCUUCUCUCUUUAUUAACGAAGAUGAACUCGUCGGGAUUGAUGGAAAGAAGCAAACAUUAACUGCAUGGCUGCUCCAUGAAGAGCAACACCUAACUGUUGUCUCCGUGGUCGGGAUGGGAGGAUCCGGGAAAACAACUCUAGUUGCCAAGACCUUCACCAACGAAACUAUAAACAGACAUUUUGAUUCUUAUGCUUGGAUCACUGUCUCCCAAACUUAUGUGAUUGAAGACUUGUUUCGGAGCUUGAUCAAAGAACUCCACCGAACAAGGAAAGAAGAUGUCCCUGCAGACCUGAUAUCCAUGAGCUACAGAGACUUGCUACAACUUCUGGUGAACUACCUGGAGUCUAAAAGGUACCUAGUAGUACUGGAUGACGUGUGGGAUAUCAAACUUUGGAGAGAAAUAAGGAUAGCACUUCCAGAUAGACAGCUUGGAAGUCGAAUCAUGCUUACAACUCGAAAAGAAGACAUAGCAUCCCAUUGUUUUGGAGUUGAAAGCCAUGUUCACUGUAUGCAACCGCUGGAAAAGAAUGAUGCUUGGGAGCUUUUCAGCAGGAAAUCAUUCUCUACCUUUGAUGGUAAAUGUUGUCCACCAGAGCUUGAAAAAUUAGCUUGGGAACUCAUGGAAAAGUGUAAAGGCCUACCUCUAGCUAUCAUAGCUUUAGGUGGUCUUAUGUCUUCCAAGAAAUCAGCUGCGGAGUGGAGUAAAGUCUACAAUGGCUUAAACUGGCAUCUAACAAGCCAUCAUUUGUUAGAGCCUGUGAAGAGCAUCUUGUUACUUAGUUUCAAUGAUUUGCCAUAUCGCUUGAAGCAUUGUUUUCUAUAUUGUUCCCUUUUUCCAGAAGAUUAUUUGAUUCGAAGGAAAAGGCUCAUUAGGUUAUGGAUAGCUGAAGGAUUUGUUGAACAUGCUAGAGGGGUCACACCUGAACAAGUUGCAGAGAGCUAUCUUAUGGAACUCAUUUUUCGUAACAUGCUACAAGUUGUAGAGAGGAAUGAAACCGGUAGGCCAAAAUCAUGUAAGAUGCAUGACCUUAUGCGAGAGCUUGCUCUGUCAACAUCUGAGAAAGAAAAAUUUUCUGUUGUAUAUGAUGGGAAAGAAGUACUGGAAGACAUUGGAGCCCACCGUUUGUCAAUCCAAACAACCCAAGGAGGAAUCAAAUCUUGCAUUGGUAUGUCACGCCCUCGUUCUUGUCUUGUAUUCGUUACUGGCAUAUUCUCAUUUUCUUUCUCAAAGUCAUUGCCUUCUGGAUUCAAAUUGUUGAGGGUUUUUGAUUUGGAGGAUGUCCAAAUUGAUAAGCUGCCACAUAAUUUAGUGUACUUAUUCAACUUAAGAUACUUAAGUUUGAAGGGAACUCAAAUUAAGGAGCUUCCAAAAGCCAUAGGACUGCUCCGCAACCUUCUGACAUUGAACAUCCUCAAUACUAAGAUCGAGGUACUUCCCAGAGGAAUUUCCAAGUUGCUAAACCUGCGCCUUCUAAUUAUGCACCGUCGUACUGGAGAGUAUAUGGCCUUCAAAACUGCCCAUGGGACAAGAGUGCCAUUUAAUAUUAGUAAGCUGAAGAAAUUGGAAGUUUUGUCAUGUGUUGAAUCAGAAGGAAACAUUAUAAGGCUCAUUGGGAAUAUGACUCAACUUACAAGGAUUGGCAUUACGAAUGUAAAAGAGAGAGACGCAAUGGACCUAUGUGAUUCAAUUCAAAAGUUGAAGCUACUUCAGUGCUUGGCUUUAAGGGUAAGUGGUGAGGAGGAGUUUCUUGACGUCAAUGCAUUAUCUUCACCUCCUCCACACCUUCGAAAACUUAUUUUUGGCAGCAAGCUGCAAAAGGUACCACCUUGGUUCUCUUCGCUCCAGAACCUUACAUAUCUGUAUCUUCAUUGGACGAGACUUGACGAGGAUUUACUACCUCAUAUUGAAGCAUUGCCAUGUCUGGGAAGGCUUUUACUUGUCAAUGCCUAUGUUGGUAAUGAGUUGUGUUUCAACAGAGGCUUUCCAAAGCUUACUAUUCUGGAGUUGUUUAAUUUCCCCUUAUUGAAUAAGAUAACUAUAGCAGAAGGGGUGAUGAGGAAUCUCCGGUUAUUAACACUUGCUAGAUGUAUGGAGUUAAAGGCAUUGCCACAGGGUUUUGAAUACCUUAGUAAGCUAGAAACACUUGAAUUGUUGUCUGUUUCAAUGCAACUUAUAGAGUCCAUACAAGAAGGAGGGGUGGAUCAUCCAACGGUAAAACACAUCACCGUCAUUACAAAUUAUUCUUUGAAAUGCUUGAUAAGAGCUCAUCAUAGUUCAUCCACAUGAAGAAUCUAGGCUGAGAGGUGAAGAUUCAAUCCUGUUUGCGCCAGGAAGAACCCUUUCUGUUGUGAAGCUGCAAACACUAAAUCUUAUUUUCUUUUGUUAAUGCUUGAAUCAAGUAAUACCAAGACUCUCUGCUCAUAGAUUGCAUUUUCAGUACUGUCUGUUUGUAUGUCUUGUAAUAUUGUUGGAGAUUGACUCACUUUAGUAGCAAUUGAUAACAGAUUUGAGCCAUGCAUUCUUUUUUGUUUCUUUUGUGUUUCAAUUGGUGAAAGAUAUGCUACUACUUCUGCUCAGGCCUGCAUAAUUUUUUCACAACACUAGCCUAGAAAUUCGUUUCUAGCUUUGAAGCUGUAAAUAUUUAGCCACCCCAUCCCCAGAAAUUUCAAUUCA